AUGGCGAUUACGCCGCCGGAUCAAGAACGCGCCGCAAUGUCCGUGCCCCUCCUCCCGCGGCGGCACGACUCCCUCUCCUCCUCCUCGUCCUCCUCCACCUCCUCCUCAUUCUCGGCAUCAUCCGACGGGGCGCCGAUGAUGCCGAUGCCGAUGGAGGCGUCGCCGUGCAAGCCGCUGGCGGUGUUCCGGGACGCGCACGGGGGCGGCGGCUCCGUGUCCUGCCUCUCCCUCUGCGGCGAGUUCCUGCUCAGCGCCUCCACGGGCGCCGACAUCGUGGCCUGGCAGCAGCCGGACCUGCGCCUCUUCGCGCGCUUCGGCGGCGGCGAGGGCUCGGGCUCCGGCUCCGUCAAGGCGCUGGCUGUCGCGGGCGGGCGCGUGUUCUCGGCGCACCAGGACGGGCGCGUGCGCGUGUGGCGCGUCUCGCGCCGCUCCGAGAACGCCUUCAAGCUCGUCGCCGCGCUGCCCACCGCCCGGGACUACCUGGGCCGCGUGUUCCGGCAGGCCAGCUACGCGCCGCAGACCCGCCGCGGCGCCAGGCGGCGGCUCUGGAUCGAGCACGCCGACAGCAUCUCCUGCCUCGCCGUCGCCGUGCAGGACGGCGUCGUCUACUCCGGCUCCUGGGACCGGACGCUCAAGGUGUGGCGCAUGUCCGACCUCAGGUGCCUCGAGUCCGUGCGCGCCCACGACGACGCCAUCAACGCUGUCGCUGCUGACUGCGGCGUCGUGUACUCCGCCUCUGCCGACGGCCGCGUCAAGGCCUGGGAGAAAGGCAAGUCGACGCACACCCUCCUGGCCGUCCUCGUCGCGCGCGACGGCGUGUCGUGGAACGCCGUCGCGGUGAGCGCCGACGGAACCUCGGCGGGGCGGCGCGUGUACGCGGCCGGCUCGGACGGGCACGUCCUCGGCUGGGACCGGCACGGCGGCGCGCGGUGGAACCUCGCGUGUGACAUCAAAGCGCACCCCAUGGCCGUGCUGUGCCUCUGCGUGGCCGGCGACCUGGUGUGCACCGGCUCCGCCGACAAGACCAUCGGCCUGUGGCGCCGGCAGCCCGACGGCGGCCUCGCCAAGGUCGGCGCCGUCGGAGGCCACGAGGGCCCCGUCAAGUGCAUCCAGGCCUCCGUGUGCCGGACCAGCAAUGGCUGCAUGGUGUACAGCGGAGGGCUCGACAAGAGCAUCAGAGUCUGGUGGGUGCCCAACGGUGACCAGCGGCGUCCAGAAACGGACACCAAGGAUCACAAGCCCUGCGUGUUCUUGAGAACUGAUGCAUAUGUUCAUACGAAACCGAAGACCAAUUUUGGGACCUGGCCCAUGGGAAAUUCAUUUGAGAAUAAGCUGAAUCUUGUUGGUGCUUAUACAGGGGUAAUGCGGGGAGGAGACAACGCCGAUGAGCGCCAGGAUGUUGCAGUGGAAGAGCAUCGCGACAACUCCGAUGUCACCGUCCUUGAUGAAGGUGGGGGUGAGGGAGGAGAGGAGGGUGGUGGUGCACUGGUGCUGGGGCUGCGGCCAGGGAUGGAGCCAGGGUUGCUAGCCAAGGCCAUGGUCCCUUCUAAUGAUGGAAUUUUUUUCUAA